AUGCACAACCUGCUAUCGCGUGCCAAUUCGCUUCUCGCGUUCACUCUCUGGGUGAUGGCCGCCGUCACCGCCGCGUGCUUCUUGUCGACCGUUUUCCUGGACUACACCGUUUCAAAUCAUCUCGAAGUCAAUGAUAUCAAGAUAAGAAACGUGCGAGACUACGCUACGGACGAUAAGCAAGCGGAUUUGGCGACGCUCGCCUUCAACCUGAAAGUCGACUUCUCGCGUCUGUUCAACUGGAAUGUCAAGCAGCUGUUCGUCUAUUUGGUCGCCGAGUACAAGUCUGCUGAGAAUGCCGUGAACCAAGUGGUAAUCUGGGAUCGUAUCGUCGAGCGUGCCGAACGCGUUGUGAUGGAUGAGAUUGGUGUUAAAACCAAGUACUACUUCUUGGACGACGGAGCGCACUUGUUGAAGCACGACAAUGUGACGUUCGUUUUGAGAUACAACGUGAUUCCAAACGCUGGCUACCUCCGUCUCGUCCAGUCGACAAAUCAGCUCGUCGUUCCAUUCCCAACCACCUACACCACCACGAGACGAUCCUAA